ACUCGCUGUUGCCGCCUUGUGAAGAAGGUAUCUGCUUCCCCUGCGCCUUCCACUAUGAUUGUAAGUUUCCUGUAAGAGGCCUCCCGAGCCAUGCAGAACUCUUGGAAGCCUUGCUGUUGUAAACCCACAGAAGAAAGCUAAAAAAAUAUGCAGAAUUAUGGAUUGCUCUUUCUACAUUUGGAAGAAAAAGAGUUUUUCUCAGAAAGUCUGCUCUAUAGUACCACGAAGAUGGAAGGCACAGGCCCCCCAAACACUGGAGCCGUCUACGAAUUAUUCUGACGCUAACUCCACAGCUCCGGACAGAAACACAAUAGACGGGCGUGGUCUUAUAAUCAUAAGCCAGUUCCUUUCUCGAGUCCUUCCUGCCUAUGUUCGCCUACAUGUUAUGGGUUCUGCGGCCCUGAUGAAACUCCCCGAACGGAGAAAAACCACACACUUCAUCCCAGUGGCGAGUUUCUCCUCUUGCUCUAACGGGGUGUUUGACCUUCUAGUCGACUGCGUCCCCUGUACCAGGCGCCAGCUGUGUUCCUGACCCCAGAAUAAAUCAGGGCUGCACGGGGCCUGGCAGCGCUCCGCACACAUUUCCUGUCGCGGCCUAAGGGAAACUGUUGGCCGCUGGGCCCGCGGGGGGAUUUUUGGCAGUUGGGGGGUCAGUCGGGAGCGAGGGCGGACGGAAGGGAGGGGGAAUCGGGUUGGGGAAGCCAGCUGUAGAGGGCGGUGACCGCGCCCCAGAGACAGCUCCGCGUCCUCGAGCGGGACAGAUCCAAGUUGGUAGCAGCUCUCCGUGGGGGCCUCAGAGGAUGAGGCCGGCGUUCGCCCUGUGCCUCCUCUGGCAGGCGCUCUGGCCUGGGCCGGGCGGCGGCGAACACCCCACUGCCGACCGUGCUGGCUGCUCGGCCUCGGGGGCCUGCUACAGCCUGCACCACGCCACCAUGAAGCGGCAGGCGGCCGAGGAGGCCUGCAUCCUGCGAGGUGGGGCGCUUAGCACCGUGCGUGUGGGCGCCGAGCUGCGCGCUGUGCUCGCGCUCCUGCGGGCCGGCUCAGGGCCCGGAGGGGGCUCCAGAGACCUGCUGUUCUGGGUCGCACUGGAGCGCGGGCGUUCCCACUGCACCCUGGAGAAGGAGCCUUUGCGGGGUUUCUCCUGGCUGUCCUCCGACGCCGGCGGGCUCGAAAGCGACACGCUGCAGUGGGUCGAGGAGCCCCAACGCUCCUGCACCGCGCGCAGAUGCGCGGUACUCCAGGCCACCGGUGGAGUCGAGCCCGCAGGCUGGAAGGAGAUGCGAUGCCACCUGCGCGCCAACGGCUACCUGUGCAAGUACCAGUUUGAGGUCUUGUGUCCUGCGCCGCGCCCCGGGGCCGCCUCUAACUUGAGCUAUCGCGCGCCCUUCCAGCUGCACAGCGCCGCUCUGGACUUCAGUCCACCUGGGACCAAGGUGAGUGCGUUCUGCCGGGGACAGGUCCCGAUCUCAAUUACUUGCAUCGUGGACGAAACCGGCGCUCGCUGGGACAAACUCUCGGGCGACGUGUUGUGUCCCUGCCCCGGGAGGUACCUCCGUGCUGGCAAAUGCACAGAGCUCCCUAACUGCCUAGACGACUUGGGAGGCUUUGCCUGCGAAUGUGCUACGGGCUUCGAGCUGGGGAAGGACGGCCGCUCUUGUGUGACCAGUGGGGAAGGACAGCCGACGCUUGGGGGGACCCGGGUGCCCACCAGGCGCCCGCCGGCCACUGCAACCAGCCCCGUGCCGCAGAGAACAUGGUCAAUCAGGGUCGACGAGAAGCUGGGAGAGAUACCACUUGUCCCUGAACAAGACAAUUCAGUAACAUCUAUUCCUGAGAUUCCUGGGUGGGGAUCACAGAGCACGAUGUCUACCCUUCAAAUGUCCCUUCAAGCCGAGUCAAAGGCCACCAUCACCCCAUCAGGGAGCGUGAUUUCCAAGUUUAAUUCUACGACUUCCUCUGCCACUCCUCCGGCUUUCGACUCCUCCUCUGCCGUGGUCUUCAUAUUUGUAAGCACGGCAGUAGUAGUGUUGGUGAUCUUGACCAUGACAGUACUGGGGCUUGUCAAGCUCUGCUGUCACGAGAGCCCCUCUUCCCAGCCAAGGAAGGAGUCUGUGGGCCCGCCGGGCCUGGAGAGUGAUCCUGAGCCCACUGCUUUGGGCUCCAGUUCUGCACAUUGCACAAACAGUGGGGUGAAAGUCGGGGACUGUGAUCUGCGGGACAGAGCAGAGGGUGCCUUGCUGGCGGAGUCCUCCCUUCGCUCUGAUGAUGCAUAGGGAAACAGGGGACAUGGGCACUCCUGUGAACAGUUUUUCACUUUUGAUGAAACAGGGAACCAAGAGGAACUACUUGUGUAACUGACAAUUUCUGCAGAAAUCCCCCUUCCUCUAAAUUCCCUCUACUCCACUGAGGAGCUAAAUCAGAACUGCACACUCCUUCCCUGAAGAUAGAGGAAGUGGACGUGCCUUUAGGAUGGUGAUAUUGGCGGACCGGGUAGUGCUGGGGAGAGAUAUUUUCUUACGUUAAUUCUGGAGAAUUUGGAGAAGUGAUUGAAGUUUUCAAGACAUUGGAAACAAAUAGAACACAAUAUAAUUUACAUUAAAAAAUAAUUUCUAACAAAAUGGAAAGGAAAUCUUCUAUGUUGUUCAGGCUAGGAGUAUAUUGGUUCGAAAUCCCAGGCAAAAAAAUAAAACCAAAAAUAAAAAAUUAAAGGAUUGUUGAUAACCCAGACUCAAAUAUCAUUGGCUUCCUCCAGGAGUAAUUAGGAACAGCUGAGGGCAUGCUGGGAGUAAGCAGCAAGAGUGCAUUCUGCUUGUAGAUUGAGGGAGAGG